UGAAGUUGGUAUUGUUUGACGUAUAGAAUAAUUAACAAUUAAUUAUCUUGUGACACUGUUCCUAAAAUUAUUUGACAUAUCAAUUUGACAAAUCGCCAAAAUAUUUAUAUUUUGUGGUGCUGUAUUGAGUAUGCAGUAUUAGUUAAAAGCUAAAUUUCAUAUACUGUAGCAGGGAUGUCCUCAACAGUUCCAUUAAUAUUGCAAGAAGACUGUGAGCAAGGGGGAAAGGAUUAUGAUGAUGGCAUUGAAAAUGACUUUGCCUAUCGCAAUAAUGUUUUACAGGCCUCAAAGAAUGUCCGUAUGGCUUUUAUUAGAAAAGUGUAUGGAUUAUUAGCCACUCAACUGUUCUUAACAGUUAUUGUGGCAAGUGUUUGCUUAUUUGUGGAACCUGUUAAAAACUUUAUUAGAACAAAUGAUUGGUUGAUGCUAAUAGCAUUAUUUGGAAGUUUUGGAAUAUUGAUUGCUUUAUUUAUCAAAAGGAAGGAAACUCCAAUCAAUUUGAUUCUUCUUGCAGCUUUUACUGUUUUUGAGGCUUAUACAGUUGGAGUUAUUGUAUCUGUUUAUUCACAAACAUUGGUAUUGGAAGCUCUUUUAUUGACAUUUGCAGUACUUGCUGGAUUGACCCUUUAUACAUUCCAAACUAAACAUGAUUUCUCUUCAAUGCACUCUGUAUUGAUUGCUGGUUUGUGUAUUCUCAUUGUUGGUGGAUUUAUUCAAAUAUUUGUACAGUCAUCUAUGAUUGAAUUGCUGAUGUCACUUGGUGGUGCAUUUUUAUUCAGUUUGUUUAUUGUAUUUGAUACACAAAUGAUGUUGGAAAAAUUGUCCCCAGAGGAAUACAUUUUGGCGACGAUUAAUUUGUACAUGGAUAUACUUAACUUAUUCAUCUACAUUUUACGUAUUUUGCAAGCCGCCAACAGGCAGUAAGGUUUAUAGGUAAUACUACUUAGCAGAGAGGCUCAUGUUUUUGGAAAUAAUUAUGACACUCUCCUUUAUUAUACUAUGAUACUAAAUAGUCAUUACAAAAUAUGCAAUUUUUUGAACACAAUUAGCUGUUAUCUACAUAAAUCUUGUUUUUAAUAUUGUUUGAUAAAACGUAGAUAACAUAGUAAUAAAAAAAAACAUUAUUGGUGUCUAAAUGUAGCCUCACACAAAUGUGAUCAGAGUUUAACAAUAAAAUUCCUAAUUAUAUUAAAUGAA